CUUUCGUAUACUUUCCCGCUGGUCGGUAGGUGCUCCGCCCUCCGCCCUCCGCCCUCCGCCUUCCGCCUUCCGCCUUCAAUCUCCUAUUCUCUCUCUUCCAAACUCCGUCGAAGGUGCAGGAGUUCAUAUCGCCUCCUUUUAGGGUUCAAUUCAAUUUUAGUGCUUCGCUGACGUUUGGAUUUCCACCCCUAAUAAUUUCUAUGAUACUGAAUUUGAUUUUCGACUGAAACUUUUAUUCAGGGUUUUCAAUGGGCAGAUAUGAUUUUGAAGAAGAAUUGUCUGACAGUGACCCCGAUGAUGAUUUCUUGCAACACGAGAUUCAAGCGCUUUCCAAGGCGUGUAUGCCGCCGCCGCCGCCUACUACUACCCCCACCUCAGACGGUGGUAGCACUGCCGCAGCCACUGUCAACCCCUCCACCGCCUACGACGACAAAGAAUUUCCCGACGAUGACGAUGACGAUGAUGACUUAGAAUUAGUUCGUAGUAUAAAGGAGCAAUAUGGGUAUGUAGGUGAUAUUAAUCAACCAUUGUCUUUGAAACCCCUUACUACUCUACCACCUGUUCUGUCUGAUGAUGACGAAGAUGAUUUCGAGACCCUCCGUGCUAUUCAGAGGCGCUUUUCGCAGUAUUGCGGUAGCAAUGAUGCUGGUGGUGAUGCCGAUGUAACAAAAAACAAGGAUGAUACCUGUGUCGACGAGUCACUCCAAAAUGAUGCCGUUGACACGUCUUUGGGUAGUGAACUCUUGGAUGUACAUGGAGAUGAUUUUGGACGUGACACUUAUGAUGCUGCUGAGAAUGUGGAGAAUGUGGAGAAUUCUAGUUUCCCUUCGUCUGCACAAACAUUUAUGGAAGCCAUAAAGAAAAACAGGUCCUGUCAGAAAUUUUUACGAAACAAGAUGCUUCAUGUUGAGGCAAGGAUGGAAGAAAUCAAGGAGCUUCAAAAGCGCCUGAAAACACUUCGAGACUUCCAGGUGCAGUGCAAGAAGAAAAUAGGCCGAGCAUUAUCUCAAAAGCAGGAUGCUCGAGUUCAGCUAAUUUCAGUGCCAAAGCAGAGAGCUAAUAAAAAGGGUUCUGAGAAAAAUGUUUCUGCAAUGAAUUAUGGGCCACUGGAAAACUCCCAUGUUGCUUUGUACAAGACCGCUAUGAAAGAUUUUCCAUUGUCAUUUCGACGGGAGAAAUGGUCAAAGGUUGAAAACCAAAGUCUUAAGAAAGAAAUUAUAAAGCAGUUUCAGGAAAGAGUGUUCGAUAAAUCUGCAGAUGUAAUAAGUGCUCUUGAAGAACCUGGCUUUGAUAAUGGAGUGGAUGGCAUGAUAUCAUCAAUCACGAAUCUCGACAUUACUCCGGAAAUUAUCCAAGACUUCUUAGGGAAGGUAGACUGGAAUAAAUUGGCUUCUAGGUUAGAAGAAGAAAGGUUUCCUCGUCGCCUUACAGCAGAAUGUGAAGAAGAAAGGGUCCCUCGUCGCCUUGCAGCAGAAUGUGAGGCAAGGUGGUUAAAUUCGGAAAACUGCUUGAUCAACCGGGACAACUGGACAUCAAAUGAGGACAAACAUCUUUUGCUUCUCAUUCAAAAGAAUGGAAUCCAUAAUUGGAGUUAUAUUGCUCAAAAAUUGGAGACUAAUAGGACUCCAUUUCAGUGCUUGGCACGUUAUCAGAGGAGUCUUAACGCGAGCAUAUUGAAAAGAGAAUGGACAGAGGAUGAAGAUGCUCAACUGCGUUCCGCUGUGGAGUCUUUUGGGGAGAGUAAUUGGCAAGCUGUUGCUUCAGUAUUAGAAGGACGUACAGGUACCCAAUGUUCUAACAGGUGGAACAAAACCUUACUUCCCGCGAGACAAAAGGUGGGGAAGUGGAGUAUUAAUGAAGAUAAACGCUUAAGAGUUGCUGUCACUCUUUUUGGUCACAAAAGCUGGCAUAGAAUAGCCCAGUUUGUGCCUGGAAGAACCCAAGCACAGUGUAGAGAAAGAUGGGUUAAUGUUCUAGAUCCAUGUUUGAACCGAGGUCAAUGGACUGAAGAAGAUGAUAUGAAGUUAAAAGCAGCAAUAGCAGAACAUGGAUACUGCUGGUCCAAAGUUGCUGUCUGUAUUCCUUUACGAACAGAUAACCAGUGCCGUAGGAGAUGGAAGAGGUUGUUUCCAAAUGAAGUUCUGCUGCUCAAAGCUGCUAAAGAUAUAAAGAAGGCUGCUCUUAUAUCAAAUUUUGUGGAUAGGGAGUCAGAGCGUCCUACCCUUGGGGCGGAUGACUUUGUUCCAUUGAGGAUUACAGACUCAGCUAAUAACCAUGAAAAAGAAAAUGUUCCCCAAGCACGAAAUAAGUCUAGAUCAAGAAAGCGUAAAAGAUGUGAUGGAUCAACUGGCUUGGAUGAUAAACGUAGCAAGAGUGGGUAUGAUGCCCUUGAAAAUAAGAAGAGAAAGGCAAUUAGAUCUGGUUCCAAGACGGUGAAACAGACAGGAAAUCGUAAUCUUUCAACAGAAUCCAAGAAGUCGUGUGAAAGCACAGAAUCAAACGAGAACAGAGAGUUGGAGACCUGGGACGAGCCAAUCAGAGUCAGAUCGAGAAGGCCUCGAAGAGUUAGACUGAAGGAGAUUCCUGCUAUUAGUCAUAGUGGUGUGUCUCAGGCUGCUGGCGUACCUGAUACUACUAUGAAUAUGACUACCCUCGUGCAUUGCGCAAAUCAUGGUAAUAUUCUGGAUGUGCUUCAUGGUCAGUCCACUUCUGAUUCACAGUUAAGGAUACCUGAAGAAACGGUAAAAGGGUCGAACAUAAUUACUUAUAAGAGGAAAAAAAGGUCCUCUAAACUGCCACCAGGAAGGAAUGUUUCAGCUGAUACUACUCUUGUGGACAACUGUGAGGCAAUGGAGUUCCAAUCACGUAAUGAUGGCAAAGAGACCCAUUUCAUGGAUGCAGCUGGCUCAAAUAAGGAGAGUUCUGUAAAGCGUCAGAAUAGAAGCAGAUUGCAUCUUGAUCAAUCCGUGGAAUGGGAAGAUUUACCCUUAGUGACUAUGAUAAAUAAUAAAAGGUCCUCUAAAUUGCAACCAAGGAGGAGUUUCUUGACUAAGACUACUCUUGGGGAUAGCAACUGUGGGGAGAUGGAGUUGAGAACAUGUAAUGAUGGCAAUGAGGCGCAUUCUAUGGAUGCAGCUGUGUCAAGUAAGGAGAAUAAUGUAAAGCAGCAGAAGAAAAGCAGAUUGCAUCGCAAUCAAUCCGUAGAAUGGGAAGAUUUACCCUUGGCAGUCCUCCGUAGAAAAACUGUUACUCGUAUACAGAAGAGAAUUUAAUUUCUUGAACAGGAUAUGUUUUACCAAGUCUUGGAGAAGACAACAAGCUGUGGACAAGGGAAGCCAAGUAAGAAGGGAGGUAGUUGAUUGCCUAGAUGAAUUUGCUGGCUUAUGGUGUACAGAAGGUUGGAGUAAGCAUCGUGGCUAGUUUUCAGCAUGAGGUGGAGAUGCACAAAAUUGUUUGCAAACAGCCCUUAGACCUGGUUUGGAGAUGAGCUGUUAUAUUUUUGGGUUGAUUCAGUUCCCUUGGUUGAGGUGAAAGAAUACAUUCAACAAUUGAAUUACUUAUCCCUGUAGAUCGGGUUUCUGGACACUAUCCACGCUUCAACUGUUGUUUUGACCACAUCAACAGAUCUGCUGAGGACAGGUGAAGACGUUGGGUUAUUAAGCUUUCCAACUGAAGUAUCACAAAUUGGCUCGAAAAGUGCUGACGGUUUAAGUUGUUCAGGAACAGGACUGAGAUGAUGAUCGUUUUCCCCAAUGGACACGUACAUAAACAAGAGUUUAUUGUACUCUGUUUAUUUGUGUAACUUUCAACCUUGAGGAGCAUAACACAAUAAUGACGUCACGAUCAGGGAAUUCUCACCGAAGCAGGGAGGUCAGUUAUUUCGAAGAAUAAUACUAAAGCUAGGGAAGAACUUGUCUACAGGAUUUCUGAUAGCAAAGCCCAUGUUUUGAUCUAUAGGGAAUGCAGCAGAUAUGAUUCAAUGUUUCUGUAGGUAGACGGAGCAUAGAAAAGGGAAAAAGAAAAAAGAAAAAAGAAAAAAUAACAUGAUUGGGAAGCCAGAUCGAGCUGGGUUGAGUGAUUAGCUUGAAAAAAAGGAUAGGCCUCUUUGAAGUCAAGGAAGUUAGCGAGAGUAGUGUUCACUGUUGAGGAUGGACAGCAUUGAAGACUAGAGCGAGCAAACCGGGCUCUGAAGUUAAAAUUGUCGUCGGAUCAAUAAAAUCAAGUGAUGUUUUACCUUGCAAUUUUUAUUUGCUUGAAAAUGAGUUAAAAAAAAUUAGAACAAAAAUUUAAUUAAAAGGAGUUAGUUGAAGCAGCACAAAAACUUCGUAACCAAGUGCACUUUUGAUGACAUAACUUCAUUGAUUUCUGAGUCAUCACCUAGAAGAUAGAAGAUAUAA